AUGAAGCCAUCCGCCUUUCUGGUCUUUCUCGCCCCAGCUGCCGUCCUAGCAGAAUCACAACAACCCGCAGGCGCCAGCCUUUCCUCUGAUUUCGCGCACAACUCCCCCGCCGUCUCAUUACCAGAACUUCCUCCCCGGGAGCAAUUCGCUCCCUUUACGGAUCGCGACGUGCCAACUGAUGAGAUGCGCUUGCUCGCUGCUCGCUAUGUCCUCCAGGCGCGCAGUGAAGGUUCCCUCGGCCAAACGCCGUGGAUUGGCAUGGCUAUCGGGUUAACCUUUACUGCUUUGACGGCCGUGAUGCUCGGGUGA